AUGGCUUUCAGGCGCCCAUUGACGCUGUCCUCGGUGUCGGCGUCGCUGCUGUCGCAGUCUACAGCUGCUGCUCGGUCUCGUACUGCUACAGCUCCUCGUUUCAACGCUUUCCGCGCCUCCUCCAGCAGCUCGACCUCUGCUCUGGCCUACAAGGCAUUGCACCGCCGCUCGCCUCUCCCCCUGCCGGUUUCCGACGCCUCUCCUCAGUGGGAUGCUCCUACCGCCGUCUCCUCUAUUCUCUACGAGACUCCCGUGCCCCCGAGCAAUCCUCCGAAGCGCCAUGUCCUGAACUGCCUGGUCCAGAACGAGCCCGGUGUGCUGUCCCGUGUGUCCGGUAUCCUGGCCGCCCGCGGCUUCAACAUUGACAGUCUGGUUGUCUGCAAGACCGAGGUCGAUGACCUCUCCCGCAUGACCAUUGUGCUGCAGGGCCAGGACGGCGUUGUCGAGCAGGCUCGCCGCCAGCUUGACGACCUCGUCCCCGUCUGGGCCGUGCUGGACUACACCGACUCUGCUCUGGUCCAGCGCGAGCUGCUGCUUGCCAAGGUCUCCAUCCUUGGCCCCGAGUUCUUCGAGGAGCUCCUCCAGCACCACCGCGAGAUCACUACUCCCGCUGAGUCUUUGAAGGAGGGCCAGGGCCACGGCAUCCAUGAGGUUGAAUACCACCCCCGUAACCUGCCUCCCAGCCAGGCUCUGCGCCACAAGCACGAGCAUCUGGAUGCUAUCACCCGUCUGGCUCACCAGUUCGGUGGUAAGGUUCUGGAUAUCAGCAACAACAAUUGCAUUGUUGAGGUCUCCGCCAAGCCCAGCCGUAUCGACUCCUUCCUCAAGCUGAUCGGUCCCUUCGGUAUCCUCGAGUCGACCCGUACCGGUCUCAUGGCUCUGCCUCGUUCCCCUCUGUCUGAGCAGACUGAGGAGAUCGAGAAGGACGCCGCCGACGUUGUCGAUGCCAGCACCCUUCCCCCCGGCUAA